AUGCCCGCGCGCACAAGACACGCGAAAGCCGCAAAGGCGCCGGCCAAAGUUGUAGAAGAAACUGUGGAUGUGGAAGAGGAGGAGGAGGAAGAAGAAGAACAAUCUGCGCAGGAGCAGGGCGGGAAUACUUCGUUGCACCAACUUCAAUUUAAUCAGACGCUCUCAUGGCGGGCUGGGAAGGCUAUACCUGUUGCACACCUCCUCCAACGCCUUGAGGAACUAGGUUCUGAAUUGCGAACGCUAGAUCAGGAAGAUACAGAUCGAAGCUCAUUGACUAAGGUCUCACAAGAGCUUGCGGAAGGACACCUACUGGGACAUAGGGAUAAAGGUGUUCGCGCAUGGACAGCCUGUUGCGUUGUUGAUAUAUUGCGCUUAUGUGCCCCCAAUGCUCCUUUUACCGUCAAUCAAUUAAAGGACAUCUUCACCUUGAUCGUGACCUCGAUAAUACCCGCGCUAGCAGACCCGUCCAAUGCAUAUAAUGACCAGCACAUAUAUGUCCUUUCAUCAUUGGCGGAUGUCAAAAGUAUUGUGUUGCUUACAGAUGUUCAUGCACCCGAUACCUUGAUCCUUCCCCUUUUCUCAUCAUGUUUCGAUAUAGUAUCAGGGUCCUCAAAGGCAUCAACCGGAGAGGAUUUAGCCAAGAACGUUGAAUAUGAUAUGACGAGACUUCUUGCCCCAAUUAUUGACGAGGCACCGAACUUAGCGCCGGAGGUGAUUGACGUGAUUGUUGCACAAUUCUUACGCGUUGAUCCUCGAGCUAUAGACCAGUCGUUAGCUACCUCCGCUGGCAAAGGUAAAAAAGGUGCAACUGGGGUUAUUGACGCCAAACAAGGCACUCUAUUAAUGAAAGACUACCCCCCGGCUUAUAAUAUGGCGAAAGCGAUAUGUAAUGCUUGUCCGGAGAAACUGACAAGCUACAUCAGCCAAUACUUUAACAACGUUAUCCUGGAUGCUUCUGGCUCCUCGGGCAUGAACGGGAUGAAGCAACGCCGGAAUAGUUUGGACGACUCGGAAGACGAGGGAGAGAACAUUAAGGAUCUGAACAAGGCCCAUAGAUUAAUACGAGAAUUAUGGCGAGCUUGUCCUGAUGUGCUGCAGAACGUCAUCCCCCAGCUUGAGGCCGAGUUAUCCGCAGACUCCAUAUCUCUUCGUCUGCUCGCAACACAGACUAUCGGUGAUCUAGCAGCUGGCAUCGGUAUUGCAGGUCCACCUGCCGAUCCGCCCAUGGACCCUGCUGCUUAUCCUCACCAUUCAUUAAACGAGGAUACGGAGGCCCUCUCACCAGUGAAUGCUCUUCUAACCCCUAUAUCUCCUAAGCCCUUUUCACAAGUCCAUUCCUCGACCUAUGAAAGCUUCCUGACCCGCCGCCAGGAUAAGUCUGCUUCCGUACGAGCCUCCUGGGCCACAGCCAUUGGAAGGAUACUACUCACUUCAGCGGGAGGUACUGGGUUGAAUACUGCCGCAUCAAAGAGCUUAGUAAGCGGACUUACGAAGGCCCUUGGAGAUGCUGAUGAAAAGGUUCGAAUUGCUGCGGUAGAGGCCAUCGCCAAGUUUGGCUAUAAGGAUGUCAUCAAGAAACUUGGAGCUGACGGCGGCCUUUCCGCGCCAGAUUCUCUUCUUUCAGUGUUAGCAGAGCGAGUCAAAGACAGGAAACAUGUGGUACGUGAACAAGCAAUGAACGUGCUGGGCAAAAUGUGGGCAGUUGCAUCGGGAGAUAUCGAAGCAAAUAACGAAGAGGUUAUAACCAUCCUUAAAGACGCACCUUCAAAGAUUUUUGACGCUUAUUAUACGAAUGACCUUGAUCUUCAAGUACUGCUGGACCAUGUGAUCUUCGAGGUGCUUUUGCCCCUUACUUACCCUCCAAUAAAAUCGAAACAGGCCAAAGGAAAGCCCAAGACACCCAAAGACAACCAGGGCAAUGACUCCGAUGCAGAUUCUAUCCGCGCUCGCCGCAUACUCACAUUAGUCAAUGGACUAGAUGAAAAAUCAAAGAUUGUAUUCUUCGCUUUUCAAUCCCGACAGUUAAAAAUGGGGGCUUUCAUGGACUUUUACCUGACUGCAUGCGAGGAGUACAACGGUGGUGUUAUGGAUGAAAAUGAAGAGGCUGUUAAAGCCAAACUAACAAGAGUCAUUGAUCAGCUCUCUAAAAUGCUCCCGGAGUCCUCGCGAGCUUCUGCAGAUCUUUGGAAAUUUGCGAAGAUGCACGAUAGGCGCAGUUACCAUCUCAUCCGGUUCGCCAUGGCUGCUGCAAGCGACUAUCGUAUUGUAGCCAGAGCCAUAAGAGAACUCUCUAACCGCGUUUCCUCAAGUACAACUGCAACUACAACCAUGCUAGAAUCCUUGAUGCCUUUGAUAUACCGCAGCAGCUCUUUGAUUUUCAACAGAAGCCACAUACCCUGUAUUAUGAAAAUAUCAAGAACCGAUGAGCAUGGAUUGGGCAAUACAGCGCAUGAAAUUCUCCGAGAAACGUCCUCACAGAAUCCAGAAGUGCUUGAAACUCACGUUCAAGAAAUGUGCAAAGAUCUAGAGUCACAGGCUCCCAGCGCACAAAACAGUGACGAUCCGAGUGUUGAGGAAAUCCUGAAAGCCUGCGCUGGAUUUGCUAAAAAGUUACCUGCAAAACUCCCAACUCAUAAGCAAUUUCAGGUCGCUCUCACCAAUUACGCGAUGUACAGCUCCUCCCCGGUUGCUGCAAAGUGUGCGGUUUCUAUAAUUAUGGCAACCGCAGAAAAGAAAGAAAUGUAUGCACGAGAUCUAGUUAAGAAGAGCAUUCAAAAGUUCAGCUAUGGAUCAGACCAUUUCCUCACGAAAUUGGCGGCUCUCUCUCAACUCACCCUCCUCGCAUCUAAGGAGAUUGAUCGGGAAGAAGAUACCAUCCUCAACAUCGCUACCGAUCAGAUCCUAUUUAAAAACCGCAACCCAAAAGCAAAAUCUGGAUACUCAUGGUCUGAAGAGGUAGAUGAAGAGCUGCAGGCGAAGGAGUGGGCUCUCAAAAUUCUUGUGAACCGUGUCCGUUCAAGAGAUCAUUCUGACAAGGACGAAGAUUUCAGGCAAUAUGCAGACACUGUCUAUGCGAUCCUAAAUACUCUAAUAGGGAAACAAGGAGAGCUCUCCAAAACCAAUGAUACCCCUUCCUCACAAAAGUCUAGGCUUCGUCUGCUAGCUGCAAAUUUAGUAGUUAAACUCUGCGCCUCGAAAACGGUCUGUGACCGGAUGUUUACCCCCCAGAAUUUCAAUGCCAUUGCACUAGUGACCCAAGAUCCUCUACUCGAAGUGAGACGAGGGUUCAUUGGGCAAGUCAAAAAGAGACUUGUACAAACACCAAAUCUCAAUCCCAGAUGGUACAUCAUUACGUUCCUUGUCGCAUUUGAACCCAACGGAAACCUUUAUGAUAGUACACUCACAUGGAUCCGAUCAAGAGCCUCUUUCUUUUCCCGCCGACCAAGCACUUCCGCGGCUGGCCAGGACCAGCAAUCAUCUCAAACGACGAUGGAGGCUCUCUUCGCUCGUCUUCUCUCUCUCCUUGCGCAUCACCCUGACUACCCACCUGAAUCGUCUGACGAAGCUACCACAGUUGAUGACCUACUUGAUUUCACCCGAUAUAUCCUCUUCUAUCUCUCCGCAGUUGCUAAUGAAAAUAAUCUCUCCUUAAUUUUUCAUAUUGCACAGCGCGUCAAGCAGGCACAGGAUGCAAUCUCAGAUCCCGAUAUGGCCCCAAUUAUGUCAGCGCGGCUACAUACCCUUUCAGAUCUAUCCCAAGCUACCAUUCGGAUGUUUUCAGAAUGUUAUUCUCAGCAGCACAAAAUCGGAGGAAGUGGUGGUAGCGGAGUAGCUAACAUCCUUCAAACAUUUCCAGGAAAGAUACGACUUCCAAGCAGUCUCUUUGCAAAUAUACCAAGUCACCAAGUAGCUCAAUCAACGGCCGAGAAGAACUUCCUGCCUGAGGAAGUUGAAGACAGAUUAGACCGUGUUGUCCGGAAAUUCAUGAAACCAAAGACUUCCUCCAACUCUGUAGUGGCGGGAAAGAAGCGAAAGCUCGAAUCGAAAUCUAACAAUAAUAAUCAGGCUGCCGGUGAUGAUGAUGACGAAGCAUACGCGAAUGGGGGAUCGUCAAAAAAGGUACGAAAGGGGGGAAAUCAAACAUCCCGAGCUGUUCCCAUACGCCAGAAGGCAGCUGGUGGCGAUCGUUCAAAGGAACCAAGACGUAAGAAAACGAAGGGUGAUGAUGACUGGGGCUCUGAAGCGGGUGAAGAUAUCCAACCUUCACCAGCAAACCGACGGAGGAGUGGCAGAGGUACAAAGAGGAUGAACGUCAGCUAUGCCGAGGGUGACAGCGAAGAAGACGAUAGAGAAAUGCAGACGUGGAAUGAACGGCCGACACGAAAAGGAAAGCAAUCGGAAAGAGUCCCAGAUUCGGUAGAUGAAAGUGAUAAUGACGGCUCCGAAGAGGAUGAAGAUGAUGAUGAGGAUCAAGAUAACAAGCCACCCAAAACAGCUGAGGACACCGAAAUGAGUGAUGUACCCCAAGACCUAUCUACUCCAGCUGUAUCUUCAUCCCCAGCACCUCAGCUAUCCUCGCCGCUUGCUGAUACUCCAAAGCCCAAACGAGGGCGGCCUACAAAGUCUACAUCCAAGCCAUUGAAAAAUAAACCUGGCAGGUCUAAGAAAAGCACCAAAGCAUGA